GUUAAAGUUUCAUUUGACCUGGGUGAUGUUCAGAUCAAAUACAUUGAUGAGGAUAAUGAUGAGGUCUCUGUGAAUAGCAAAGAGGAAUAUGAAGAAGCUCUGAAGAUCGCAGUUAAACAAGGAAAUCAACUUCAGAUGAAUGUGUAUGAAGAAAACUCUUCUCUGAAAGAAACUUCGUAUUCUUGUUCUUUGCAACUACAUGAAAAAACUGUGACAGAAAAGUUGGCACCUCUUAAAGAUGAGAAGAAACCUCUUUCGUACUAUUCCAUGCCAGCUCAGGGGUUAGAGGAAGCCUUAAAAAAUGAAGAGGAGCUGACAAUUCAGCAAAAGUUAAAUCACACUAGAACAGGAAGAACAAAUGAAAAUCCUCCAGGAUGGUUUACUAGCUACUUGGAAACAUUCAGGGAACAAGUAGUUAAGGAAACUGUUGAGAAACUGGAACAGAAGCUAUAUGAGAAGCUUGUUCAUCACAAUCAGCCUCCAGAUUUUUCCGAGAGCUCUAUUGCAGCAGCACCUCCAACUUCAGAGAGCCAAUCAGGGAAUGGCAACCAGUGUGACUGGCUGAUCUCCUGCUGCAACUGCCAGGCCCGAAUUGUUGGAGUUCGCUACCAGUGCAGCCUUUGUCCAGCCUACAAUAUCUGUGAACAGUGUGAAGCAGGAACAUAUGCACAUGAUCCUAAUCAUGUCUUGUUAAAGCUGCGAAGACCUAUACUACGUAUUGCUGAGAAUUACAGUCUUGCAGAGUUUUCGCCUCGCCUGCCUGCUACUCUGGAGCAAGUUAGGCUCCAGAAACAGAUGGACAAAAGAUUUCUGAAGGCAGAAAAGCAAAGAUUACGAGCAGAGAAGAAACAGCGAAAGGCAGAGGUUCGAGAGCUCAAAAAGCAGCUAAAAUUGCACAGGAAAAUUCAUUUGUGGAACUCUGUCCAUGUAUUGGAAACUAGUGGCUCACCUACUCUGAAAUCUGAGAGUCUCCAACCUAAUACCUUCCUGAGUCCUAGUCAACCCUUCCAAGCAAUUGUCCCAACACUAAGUGCAGUAUUUGUGGAUGAGAAUUUGCCAGAUGGGACUCACUUGCAACCAGGAACAAAGUUUAUCAAACACUGGCGAAUGAAGAAUACUGGCAAUGUGGAGUGGAGCUCAGACACAAAGCUGAAACUUAUGUGGGGAAAUCUGACCUUGGCAUCUUCUGAGAAAAAAGAUGUGUUAGUGCCAUCCCUUCCAUCGGGACAAGUAGGAACUGUUUCAGUUGAGUUUGUAGCUCCUAAUAUAGAAGGAACUUACACCUCUCACUGGAGGCUGUCACACAGAGGGGAACAGUUUGGGCCCAGGAUCUGGUGCAGUAUUGUUGUGGAUCCCUCCCCAUCUACUGACUAUCUAGAAAGCAAUUGGAAGGAUUCUGACUCCUGUCAGAAGGAUAAAGCUUCCAGCACCAAACAGGAUGCUUCCUUAAAGACAGAAGCUGGUGCUCAACUGAUGGGUGAAAUCAUGGAGCAGGCUGAAAUACCUCUGCCAACAAUUCCUUUAAAGAUCAAAAAUCUGCCAAGUGAGAGAGAAUUUUAUAUCCCAUCUGUUGAUCUCCUCACUGCACAGGAUUUGCUGUCCUUUGAGCUGUUGGACAUUAAUAUUGUGCAGGAAUUGGAGCGAGUGCCACACAAUACUCCUGUUGACAUGACUCCAUGCAUGUCCCCUUUGCCACAUGACAGCCCCUUGCUGGAGAAACCUGGCUUAGGUCAGAUAGAGGAGGAGAAUGAAGGGAGUGGAUUUAAACCCGUGCCUGGAAUGACAGAAGCCUGCUUUCCUGCAGAUACUAGCAUAGUGAAACUGAAAGCUGAACAUCCACUGAACCAGGAGGAAGGAGAAGAAGAUAUGAGUGGGACGCAGUUUGUCUGUGAAACUGUAAUUCGCUCUCUAACCCUGGAUGCUGCACCUGACCAUAAGCCCCCCCAAAAAAAGAAAAUCCUCCAGAACUCUUUACAAACAUUACAAGACACCUUCAGCUGCAAUGUGAUAAAUGAAGAAUCUCCUAGGAUAAAAACUAAUUCCACUUCUAAAAAGGAAGCAAAGAUUCAUCAGUCAGAGGCAAUGACAGAAAAUGACUGUGGGGACCUUCCACUGUCUGAUGAGAGAGCAAGCCCCAGUAGUGAUACAGGCAAUUCUGAUGAAGAGGAAGAUGAUGAUAAAGAUGAUGUUCAAAGUCAAGGCUCCUCUGCUUCAUCGGAGGAUUAUAUCAUUAUUCUCCCCGAGUGCUUUGAUACCAGUCGUCCUUUAGGGGAGUCUAUGUAUAGUUCAGCUCUUUCUCAGCCCAGUUUGGAGAAGGCAGGAGAGCCUGAAGCAGGAGCAGAGAAUCCAGAAGGGGGAAGCCAGCCACAGAUCUGCAGUGUCAGUGAUAUUUUGACAACUUCACAAACACUGGCUGUAGUACCACUAACCCCAGAGAUUGCGGACACCUUACCCCAGACACAAAGGAAUCUUGCAUCUUUUCAGGAUCAUGUCUUCCAAGAACCAAACAUACCUGCCUUUGAGAAUCUCUCUUCCACUCCUCAUAAUCAAAUAAGAGAAGAACCCAAUGGUGAAGACAGUCAUGGACCAGGAUCUUUGGGAUUUCGAACUAGUAAACAGAAGUGCUCAGAAUACCCAGGAUACCCUCAAGGAAGCAGCAUUGCAGGAGAACUAGUUAAAGGAGCUUUGUCAGUUGCUGCUUCUGCCUACAAAGCAUUAUUUGCUGGACCGCCCAUUAUAGAACAGCAGCCUGCAGCUACAGAAGAGCACACUGCCACUCUUCUAUCCAGUCUGUGUGAGAUGGGAUUCUGUGACAGGCAGUUAAACCUGCGACUGCUGAAAAAACACAACAAUAAUAUGGUUCAAGUGGUAACUGAAUUGCUUCAGAUCAGUAACAGUGACUGGUACAGCAGUAGAUGCUGA